GUGACGUAAGCAGGUUGCCUCCUGAAUCCAUAGACGAGAAAAGAGCCUAUCGCCUACGCAGUGAAUGUGAGUGAGCGUGUGUCAGUGCCGAUAGAGGUCAACUACAACACUAAAGUCUCAACGCCCAUCUCGGGUGUAGCUCUCCGUGUAACUGAAGCUCGCAGUCAGAAUUCAGCCAUGGCGAAAGAUAUGAUCCUGUAUUGGGGCUCCGGUUCGCCGCCGUGCUGGCGCGUGAUGAUCGCCCUGGAGGAGAAGGGUUUGCAGGGGUACCACCACAAGCUCCUCUCCUUUGAGAAGCAGGAGCACAAGUCCAAAGAAGUCAUGGACAUCAACCCGCGGGGACAGCUCCCCACCUUCAAGCACGGAAACAGGGUCGUGAACGACUCUUACGCCGCCUGCCUGUACCUGGAGAACCAGUUCCGAUCACAGGGAACGCCGCUGAUCUUGGACGGGGCCGAGGAGCAGGCUCGGAUGUACCAGCGCAUGUUUGAGGCUCAGAAUCUCCAGCAGAAACUCAGUGAUGUCCUCUACUACACCUGGCGUGUUCCUGAAGCCGAGAGACAUGAUUCUGCAGUGAAGAGGAACAGAGAGGCUCUGAGUGCUGAGCUCCAGCUGUGGGAGCAACAGGUAGGGGAGGGGCCGUUCUUGGCAGGAAAGUCCUUCUCAUUGGCUGAUGUCAUUGUGUUCCCUGUCAUCGCCUAUGCAGUGCGCUUUGGGCUGUCCCAGGACAGAUACCCUCGGCUGGGGCAGUACUACUCCCUACUGAAGAACCGCCCCAGCAUCAUGGCAUCCUGGCCCCCCCACUGGGUGGAGAAUCCCCAGGGCAUGGACACGCUGGAGGGUCUCUGAGCCUCCGUCCCACCGUCCGUCUGCGUGUGGCUCAGUGUGUCUCUCGCUGUAGCUCGUCUGAUCUGUGCUGAAGUGCACCGCAACGCCAUCACCUGCACAGAGCCUGCAGCCUGAGCGGGAGCAUGUGUGCUGUUUAGUGUGUCCAACGUUCAGAGUGAAUUGCCUCUGUUUUAAUAAAGAUAUGACGUUAUUCUGUA